AUGCAUCUCUUGACUUGCUGCUAUGCAAAUGAAAUAAGAUUGAUAAUUUGCUGCAAUUCAAAUGACCAUGACCAAUACACUUGGGAAUCUCAAGGUGGUGCCUCAUUCAUUGUUACCAAGGACUCUAGUGGCCAACAACUCAGGAAGGGAACCAAAAUCACCCUCUUUCUUAAGGAGGACCAGUUGGAGUACUUGGAAGAGACCAGGAUUAAGGACCUUGUCAAGAAACACUUUCAAUUCACUAGUUAUCCCAUUUACCUUUGGACUGAGAAAGAAAAAUUUGUGGAUAUCGUAAGUGAACAGUUUAGGAACCGCAUACCUGAUGAUCUGACAUUCUCUAUUAUGGGGAAAUUGCCUUUAAAAUCUAUUAAGAGAUUUGGCUGUGUUUGUAAAUCAUGGGUCUCCUUACUUGAAAACCCUAAUUUCAUGACAAUCUUUCGCAAUAAUUUCUUAUCUAAUCAUCGUUCUUACUAUGAUGAUACAGUUCUCCUCCUAUGUCAAUCUUUGAACACUAAUAUCACUGAAACUCAUCAUGAGAACUUAUUUUUGCUUUCUGGUGAGAAAUUUCAGAAUAGGGUCAAAUUAGACUGGCCAAAUCUAUUUCAAGAGCAAAAUCUAGCGAAUUCACAUAUAGAUAUUUUGGGUCAUGCUAGUAUUAAUGGAAUUCUUUGCGUUAACAACCGAUAUUCCACAAUUGGACUGUGGAACCCAACUACUGAAGAAUUGAAGAUCAUUCCUCCUAGCCCAAAUAAGUUUGUACCAUCUAAUUUAGUUUAUUCAGCUGAUCCAUGUGGAUUUGGCUAUGACCGUGAUACAGAUGACUAUAAGGUGAUUAGUCAUGUACAAUUUCUUCUAUUUGAUGACAAUGAUAAUUGGAAUCGUGAAAAUGAACAUCGUAACCCCUUAUGGGAGAUAUAUAGCCUGAGAAGUAACUCUUGGAAGAAUCUUGAGAUCGAUGUCGAUGUACCCCUCAGUGAUAGGGUUGACUAUUUGUAUUUGGAUGGAAUGUGUCAUUGGCAAGGUGGUGAUUACUUGGUGUCGUUUGACUUAAGCAACGAGUCGGUGUGAAGGAAUCAUGGACUAAACUUUUCAUUGUUGAGCCCUUGCCUUACAUUCUACAUUCUAUUGGAGCUGGGAAGAAGGGGGAUAUUUUUUUCCGAAGUAAAGAUGAUGAACUAGUCAGGUAUGAUUUAAAUACCCAUAUGAUUGAGGAGCUUGAUGUUAAAGACGUCGAUAGUCUUUCACAGAUUGUAAUUUAUACGGAAAGUCAUCUUCCAAUCGACAAAAUAAAUAAAUAAUUUUUUUAUCUACACCUAA